AUGGUCGCCUUUGACAAGUGUGAAACCCGGCCGGCUCAUAUCGACGCCAUUCUCAAUGGCCUCGACCGGUACAACCCCGAGACCACCACCGUUUUCCAAGAUUACGUUGCGCAGCAGUGCGAGGACCGGACAUUCGACUGCUACGCCAACUUGGCUCUGUUGAAGCUCUUCCAGUUCAACCCUCACCUCCUCCAGCCCGACACUGCCACCAACAUCUUGGCCAAGGCCUUGACAGUGUUCCCCUCCCCCGCCUUCUCUCUUUGUCUCUCCUUGCUCCCAGCCCACACCCAACCCUUCGGCACCGGCGCUGAGGCCAAGGCUGCCUCUCAAACUUCCGACUUCGUCGAGGCCGUGCAAAAGCUAUCCCUCCUCUCUACCCUCCUUGAGUCCGCCCAGUACGCCCAGUUCUGGUCCACACUUAAUUCCGAUGACCUGUACGCCGACUUGACCGCCGACGUCGCCGGCUUCGAGGAGCUGGUCCGCAUCCGUAUCGCUGUGGAGGUCGGCAAGGCUUUCCGCUCCGUUACUGCUGAGGCCCUGGAGCAGUGGCUUGACCUGCGCAGCCGCGAGGCCCUUGAGAAGUUUGUUACUGAUGUUUGUGGCUGGAAGGUCGACGGCACUGUUGUCCGCGUCCCCAGCAACAAGGAGAACGAGGUGAAGAGUGAGGUAAAGAGCGAACAUGUCGGCUUUGAGAUGUUCGGCCGUGUCAUCCGCCGCGGCUUCGAGCAGCCCGCAUAA